AUGUGGGUAAAAUUAACUGUUCGUGGUACUUACAAGUGGAUAGAUAAUUUGGAUGAUUCAGUAGUAACUUACAAUGAUACGAAACGAAGAAGUUUGAGGUUGAUGACCAAAUACAAACAUGUGUUUGAGAAGGGAUACGAUCUUAAUUGGACCAGUAAAAUUUUUACUAUUAAGGAGGUUAAGAAUAACAAUCCAACGACGUACGAACUUAUCGAUUACCAGGAUAAACCAAUUGACGGUGGUUUUUACGAAGAAGAACUCAUCAAAGUUGAAUAUCUAGAUAUUUAUCUAGUUGAAAAAAUCAUUCGUACUUGUGGCAAAAAGCUGUAUGUUAAAUGGUUAAAAUUUGAGUAG